UGUAAACAAACAAUUUGUUGAUAUCAACAAAAAAAAUCAGUAAAAUUAAUUUUCAUAGCCUUUCAUAAAUUUAAAAAAUAAAAAUGAGUGACGUCUGUCGUUUAUGUGGUGACUUGAAGUCUUACCAUGAGCUUCAAGAUAUUUAUGAUAGUGAAUCAGACAUAAUAAUGAAACUCGAAAAUACUUUGAAAGUUAAAUUUGAAUUCAACAAAAUGCUUCCGAAUUCUGUUUGUUGCGAAUGUGUGAACAAUUUGGAAAGGUGCAGCCAAUUUGCAGAAUUGAUCUCAUCUGUACAAGUCAAGCUUAAACUCGAUCUUCAAGAACAAUUACAAAUGAUUGUUCCAAAUGAUGAAUUGCUGAAUUAUUCUCAUGACAUUGAAUUUAAAAGUUUAGAAAUUAAAAUAGAAAAGCUUGAUCCUGAUAUCCUUGAACAGCUUACUGCUAGAAGACGAAGUACGAGAAUAAGAAAAUCUGUUGUUCCAUUAGAUAAUUCGAAGAAUACUCAAAAAAUUAGAUCGAAGAAGAAUCCUAAAAUAAAACGAACAUUUUUCAGAAAACCAUUGAAGAAUGCGGAAAAAUUUCAAAUGCACAAUCUCUUUAAAAAUGAACUAGAAGGUCGUUUUGUAGUUCAACCGCAAGAUAUGGACAUUGGCGAUCACCAACCGAGUGAAGGCGGAGUUUUACCAGAUGCAUUGCUGGAAAAGUUCAAGGGAAUUAGUUGGAAAAAUUAUGAAUGGAAAUGUGAAGAAUGUCAGGAAUCUUUUGAGAAUGGAAUUGAUCUCGAAAAGCACAGUUUAAAGCAUCACAAGAAGCGAGUUAUUAGAGAUUGUUGUGCAAUAACGUAUCUCACCCACGCCAGAUAUAUUUGCCACAUAAAUGAGAAACAUCAGCCUGAACUCAAAUAUUGCUGUUUGAUUUGUUCAGAAUAUCGAACAAGUUUUCUUCAUCUCUACCAACAUAUGAAAUCUUCACAUCCAAAUUACAAAUUUUAUUAUUGUUUAUAUUGUGGAGAAUAUUUGAACAGCGGAACUAUGCUUUUCAGGCACAUUGAUGACAAACAUUUGCCGCUUCCCCUUUCAUAUCACUGCGAUAUAUGUGGAGAAAGCUUUUCUACUAAGGAUAAGAUUUGGAAACAUGUCAUAUUAUUUCAUAUGAGACGUCGAGAAUUCUUGAAUAAAAAGAAAUCAUUCAUGUGUGAAAUUUGUGCUUUAAAUUUCAAAACUAUAACUACGUUAAAAAAUCAUCAGGAUGCUUUACAUGGCGAUAAACCUAAUAUAGUUUGUCCGCAUUGUGGAAAAGAAUUCAAACUACAAAAGAAAUUGAGAAUCCACAUUAGAAGGAUCCAUGAUUUUCAAGAGUCGCUAGUUACUUGUGAGAUUUGUGGAAAAUCUGUAAAAUCUUUCUAUUAUAAAGCCCACAUGAGGGCUCAUACCGAUGAAAAGCCGUUCAAAUGCAAAUUUUGUCCACGUGAAUUCAAAUAUUUCAGUGGAUGCAGAUAUCAUGUGCGAGCUGCGCAUACAGGCGAACGUCCUUAUCGUUGUCCAGUGGAAGGCUGUAAUCAAGUCUUUAUAGAUUUUCCCAACUCUAGUAAACAUAUUAAAACUUCUCACGGUUUGAAGGAUGUCAAACCUAUUCGCAUUAAAACAUCAGUUAAAUUAAUUUAUUUGCCAUCUCACAAGCAUUUAAUAAAGAAAAUAAGUAUGAGUGUGUGUCGUUUAUGUGGUGACUUGAAGUCUUACCAUGAGCUUCAAGAUAUUUAUGAUAGUGAAUCAGACAUAAUAAUGAAACUCGAAAAUACUUUGAAAGUUGAAUUGGAAUUCAACAAAAUGCUUCCAAAUUCUGUUUGUUGGGAAUGUGUGAACAAUUUGGAAAGGUGCAGCCAAUUUUCCGAAUUGAUCUCAUCUGUACAAGUCAAGCUUAAACUCGAUCUUCAAGAACAAUUACAAAUGAUUGUUCCAAAUGAUGAAUUGCUGAAUUAUUCUCAUGACAUUGAAUUUAAAAGUUUAGAAAUUAAAAUAGAAAAGCUUGAUCCUGAUAUCCUUGAACAGCUUACUGCUAGAAGACGAAGUACGAGAAUAAGAAAAUCUGUUGUUCCAUUAGAUAAUUCGAAGAAUACUCAAAAAAUAAGAUCGAAGAAGAAUCCUAAAAUAAAACGAACAUUUUUCAGAAAACCAUUGAAGAAUGCGGAAAAAUUUCAAAUGCACAAUCUCUUUAAAAAUGAACUAGAAGGUCGUUUUGUUGUUCAACCGCAAGAUAUGGACAUUGGCGAUCACCAACCGAGUGAAGGCGGAGUUUUACCAGAUGCAUUGCUGGAAAAGUUCAAGGGAAUUAGUUGGAAAAAUUAUGAAUGGAAAUGUGAAGAAUGUCAGGAAUCUUUUGAGAAUGGAAUUGAUCUCGAAAAGCACAGUUUAAAGCAUCACAAGAAGCGAGUUAUUAGAGAUUGUUGUGCAAUAACGUAUCUCACCCACGCCAGAUAUAUUUACCACAUAAAUGAGAAACAUCAGCCUGAACUCAAAUAUUGCUGUUUGAUUUGUUCAGAAUAUCGAACAAGUUUUCUUCAUCUCUACCAACAUAUGAAAUCUUCACAUCCAAAUUACAAAUUUUAUUAUUGUUUAUAUUGUGGAGAAUAUUUGAACAGCGGAACUAUGCUUUUCAGGCACAUUGAUGACAAACAUUUGCCGCUUCCCCUUUCAUAUCACUGCGAUAUAUGUGGAGAAAGCUUUUCUACUAAGGAUAAGAUUUGGAAACAUGUCAUAUUAUUUCAUAUGAGACGUCGAGAAUUCUUGAAUAAAAAGAAAUCAUUCAUGUGUGAAAUUUGUGCUUUAAAUUUCAAAACUAUAACUACGUUAAAAAAUCAUCAGGAUGCUUUACAUGGCGAUAAACCUAAUAUAGUUUGUCCGCAUUGUGGAAAAGAAUUCAAACUACAAAAGAAAUUGAGAAUCCACAUUAGAAGGAUCCAUGAUUUUCAAGAGUCGCUAGUUACUUGUGAGAUUUGUGGAAAAUCUGUAAAAUCUUUCUAUUAUAAAGCCCACAUGAGGGCUCAUACCGAUGAAAAGCCGUUCAAAUGCAAAUUUUGUCCACGUGAAUUCAAAUAUUUCAGUGGAUGCAGAUAUCAUGUGCGAGCUGCGCAUACAGGCGAACGUCCUUAUCGUUGUCCAGUGGAAGGCUGUAAUCAAGUCUUUAUAGAUUUUCCCAACUCUAGUAAACAUAUUAAAACUUCUCACGGUUUGAAGGAUGUCAAACCUAUUCGCAUUAAAAAGCUUGAUCCUGAUAUCCUUGAACAGCUUACUGCUAGAAGACGAAGUACGAGAAUAAGAAAAUCUGUUGUUCCAUUAGAUAAUUCGAAGAAUACUCAAAAAAUUAGAUCGAAGAAGAAAACUCGAAUAAUUAAGUCGAAGAAGAACGUUCUCAUUCUGAACGGUGAUAAACCAUAUAAAGUUUGUCCGCAUUGUGGAAAAGCAUUCAAACUUCAGGCACAAUUAAGAAUCCACAAAAGAAGGAUCCAUGGUUUUCAAAAAACGUCAGUUACUUGCGAGAUUUGUGGAAAUUCUGUGAGAAAUUAUAAAACGCAUAUGAUGAUUCAUACCGGUGAAAAUCCAUUCAAAUGCAAGUUUUGUCCACGUGAAUUCAAACACUCUUCUGGAUAUGAAUAUCACGUGCGAGCUGAGCAUACAGGCGAACGUCCUUAUCGUUGUCCGGUGAAAGGCUGUAAUCGAGUAUUCAUAGACUCUCGCAACUCUAGUAAACAUAUUAAAGCAUCUCACGGUUUGAAGGAUGUCAAACCUAUUCGCAUUGAGAAUCCGAAAAAGAAGUAUAAAAGUCACAAAGAAAUACCAAUAACCUUUGAAAUACCAUUGAAGGUAUCGGAAAAAUUCCAAACAUACAUUCUCUUUAAAAAUGAACUAGAAGGUCGUUUUGUUGUUCAACCGCAAGAUAUGGACAUUGGCGAUCACCAAGCGAAUGAAGAAGGAGUUUUACCUGAUGUAAUGUUGGAAAAGUUGAAGGGAAUUACCUGGCAAAAUUAUGAAUGGAAAUGUGAAGAAUGUGAAGAAAACUUUGAGAACGUGGUGGAUGUCGAAAAGCACAGUUUAAAGCAUCACAAGAAGCGAGUCGUUAGAGAUUGUUGUUUAGAAACAUAUAAGACCUACCCCAAAUAUAUUUUCCACAUAACUGAGAAACAUCAGCCUGAACUCAAAUAUUGCUGUUUGAUUUGUUCAGAAUAUCGAACAAGUUUUCUUCAUCUCUACCAACAUAUGAAAUCUUCACAUCCUAAUCAUAAUUUUUACUUUUGUUUAUACUGUGGACAAUAUUUCGUCGGCGGCACAAUUCUUUACAAUCAUAUUCAUACAAAACACAUUUUGCUGCCACUCUCGUAUCAAUGCGAUCUAUGUGGCAAACAUUUUUCUGUAAAAAAUCAGCUUUGGGGACACAUGACUAACCAUGUAACCAGUAAAAAUCCAAAAUCAUUCAUGUGUGAAAUUUGUGCCUUAAGUUUCCGAAGUAUUUUUACUUUACAAAGUCAUCAAAAAAGGCACCUGGAGCAAUCUGAACAAUCUUGUCCUUACUGUGGAAAGUUAUUUGGCAAUAGAUUUCUCGCACUAAGUCACAUCAAAAGAGUACACGGAACUAGAAUAAAAGAAACCUGUGAAAUAUGUGGAAAAGUUCUCUCAAAUAAUCGUUUUAAACGUCACAUGGAUGUUCAUACCGGUGAAAAUCCAUUCAAAUGCAAAUUUUGUCCACGUGAAUUCAGACACUCUUCCGGAUUCAUUUAUCAUGUGCGAGCUGAGCAUACAGGCGAACGUCCUUAUCGUUGUCCAGUGGAAGGCUGUAAUCAAGUAUUUAUAGACUAUUCCAACUCUAGUAAACAUAUUAAAACAUUUCACGGUUUGAAGGAUGUCAAGCCUAUUCGCAUUGAAACAUCAGUAAAAUUAAUUUAUUUGCCAUCUCACAAGCUUUCAAUAAAGAAAAUAAGUAUGAGUGUGUGUCGUUUAUGUGGAGGCUUGAAGUCUUAUGAUGAGCUUCAAGAUAUUUAUGAUAGUGAAUCAGACAUAAUUAUAAAACUCGAAAAUACUUUGAAAGUUGAAUUGGAAUUCAACAAAAUGCUUCCGAAUUCUGUUUGUUGGGAAUGUGUGAAUAAUUUGGAAAGGUGCAUCCAAUUUGCAGAAUUGAUCUCAUCUGUACAAAUCAAGCUUAAGCUCGAUCUUCAAGAACAAUUACAAAUGAUUGUUUCAAAUGAUGAAUUGCUGAAUUAUUCUCAUGACAUUGAAUUUAAAAGUUUAGAAAUUAAAAUAGAAAAACUUGAUCCUGAUAUCUUUGAACAGCUUCAUGGUGGAAGACAAAGUACGAAAACAAAAAAAUCUGUUGUUUCAUCCGAUAAUUCGAACAAUACUCAAAAAAUUAAGACGAAGAAGAAUCCUAAAAAGAAGCAAGAAAGUUGCAAAGAAAAACCAUUGAAGAAUUCUGAAAAAUAUCAAAUGCACAUUGUCUUUAAAAAUGAGCUAGAAGGUCGUUUUGUUGUUCAACCGCAAGAUAUGGACAUUGGCGGUUACCAACCGAAUGAAGAUGGAGUUUUACCUGAUGCAAUGCUGGAAAAGUUGAAGGGAAUUACCUGGAAAAAUUAUGAAUGGAAAUGUGAAGAAUGUGAAGAAAACUUUGAGAACGUGGUGGAUGUCGAAAAGCACGGUUUAAAGCAUCACAAAAUGCGAGUCGUUAGAGAUUGUUGUUUAAAAACAUAUAAGAACUACCCUAAAUACGUUUUCCACAUAAUUGAGAAACAUCAACCUGAACUCAAAUAUUGCUGUUUGAUUUGUUCAGAAUAUCGAACAAGUUUUCUUCAUCUCUACCAACAUAUGAAAUCUUCACAUCCUAAUCAUAACUUUUAUUUCUGUUUAUAUUGCGGACAUUUUUUCUGUCGUGGAACUACGCUUGACGAUCAUGUUCACACAAAACACAUUGUUCUGCCACUUUCGUAUCAAUGCGAUCUAUGUGGAAAACAUUUUUCUGUAAAAAAUCUGCUUACUUCGCACAUGUUCUACCACUUCUACCGUAACAAUCCCAAAUCGUACUUGUGUGAAAUUUGUGCCUUGAAUUUCAAAAGUGUAAAUAGUUUACACUGUCAUCAAAGAGUGCAUCAUAAGCCAUCUGAAAUAGCUUGUCCUAACUGUGGAAAGUUAUUCAGCAAUAGAGUAAGUGUUAAAACUCAUAUCAGAAGAGUGCACGGGAAUAGAAAGAAGAUAAAAGUAACCUGUGAAAUAUGUGGAAAAACUUUGAUGAAAAAUCGUUUUAAACGUCACAUGGAUGUUCAUACCGGUGAAAAUCCAUUCAAAUGCAAAUUUUGUCCACGUGAAUUCAAACACUCUUCCGGAUUCAUUUAUCAUGUGCGAGCUGAGCAUACAGGCGAACGUCCUUAUCGUUGUCCAGUGGAAGGCUGUAAUCAAGUAUUCAUAGACUAUCCCAAUUCUAGUAAACAUAUUAAAACAUCUCACGGUUUGAACGAUGUCAAACCUAUAUAUGAAAAAAGUUUAAUGUUGAAUGAUUAAAGUAUAAGUUAUGAUAAAAUGCUUAACAUUAAUAAUUAAAUUUUAAUGUUUACAUCCUUCAACAUAGUUUCUAUUCUUAAAAAAAACUAUUGCUAAAAUACUUCACUCAUAAAAUAAAAAGAUUUUAUUUCUAUUUAGAUAGAUAUAUUACAAAUUAUAAUUGAUAGUUUGAAAAAUAAUAAAAAUAAUUUAAGAAUAAGUAAC